CGAACGGACUCGAUCGGGGUUCAUUUGCAUAAGUGCGCGAGUAACUUACUUAGUUAAUAAAUAUAUGCGGCGUCACUUUUGUUUAGCCAGUCCUCUCUUGAAGCCACUCGCAGCAACAAAAUGAGGCUUUGCGCGCUGCUUUUAUCGCUUGUUGUCCUGCUGGUAUUUGCCUUUGGCGCCGAGGCGAUUCCUGCCAACAUACUAAAGCCGCCUAGCAACGCCAAUAAGAGCAACGCGAUGAGUCCUUCGGGAGGAUGCAACUGCAGGUGCAACCUCAGCCAUAACGACGUGUUCUGCGGUGUCGACCCAAAAAACGAGAAACAGACUUUCCAAAACGACUGUCAGCUUGAUUGUUACAACUGCACACACGAUGCUGCAUUUAGGAGGCGAUACAGCGGCGAAUGCAAAAAAUAAACCUGUGACCUUUAACCAUCUAUAAUCGCCAUGAACUGCAGCACACAGUUAAUUUGUCUACAAUUCUUUGCUGAAACUUAUUCACGUUGCUGAAAUAUUGUAUUUUGUUUUUAAUAUCAAAUAAACUUUAUUAAA